UGUUGACAUUAAUUAUCAAUGCAGCGACUAGUCCUACUUUCGCUUUCGUUUCUGUCCUGUCCUGCAUUUUCUCAGAAUCUCACGUGAUCUCAUUAUCGUCUGUCGUCGUUUGACUCAAGGAUAUGGUCUGUUCAUGAACAUUUCCUACAUUUACCAGCCCGGAAGAACACACAAUGGACCCGGACAGUCCGAGGAGCCAGAGGUCAUUGAGUAGGUCACCCUCGAGUGAGGACGUAUCCCAGCCAUCCCAGGAAAACGAAUCCAGAGACUCCACAGGCAGUCCUGUAGAAACAGGCCACCAGCUCCUGGUUGACAGUGUGGAGGAUGUUGAGAGCGAGCUGUAUGUGAGCGAUGCCAGUCCUUCAAACACAGCCAACAAAAGCCGAUACUUCUCACCAUCCUUAUCUUCUGCCACCUUUGAUAAACAUAGACAAACAAACCCCGCGAAACAAAAGACCUCGCAAACGUUCCCAUCCAAAUAUGGCAGUGCUUCUCGGAUUGCUUCCAGCACGGAAGGCUUUCCUUACAAAAAACAGGACUAUAAUUCUGCUUUUGGGACUUCAAUGACUUUCAGCCAAUCGCCGUUUUCAGUCUUUUCGCCUCCAGCCACUGCCAAAGUACCAUCGACUGAGAAAUCCUUCAAAACAAAGCAUGGUGUCAGUAUCAGGAUCUACGUCGGUGACAUUACCAAGGUCAAGGCCGAUGCCGUGGUCACAGGCGAGUCCCCCAGAUCAUCCGAUAUGAGUAUGGUGACCCGAUCUUUGUGUAGUCUCCCGGGUGGGGAGGAGUUCAAGAAGAAAAGAGAGACUCGUCGAGUCUCUAAAAGCGCCCCACGGGAUGGGAACGUGUACACAGUUCAUAUGAAAAACGUCGAGUUUCCCUUUAAAUAUGUGCUUCAGGCGGUUAUCUGCCCCUACGGUGACUCCAAGAGUAGAAACUGGUUGAAGACCCUGAAAAAACUGUACAGGAAUGUGUACAAGAAGGCUGACGACAAGGACCUCAGCCGCGUUGCUAUCCCGCUUCUUGGAACAGGACGUGGCCGUGGCACUGCUGAGGAAUCCAUCGAGGCCGCUGUGAGGACUUUGUGUCGGCACCGUCCUCUGUCUCUGGAGGAGGUCGACUUCGUCAGUCUGGACAAUGAUAUCAACGAUUACUUCCAGGUCAUCUGCGAGACCACCUGUAGUCUCAGUGAUGAAUCCAGCUCAGAGGAUGAGACUGACACCAGUGAGACAGACGUGCAUCCAUAUGCGUUCACUGCACACCCAGGUCCUGUGAUUACACACGGAGUGUACCCAGGUACGGCACAGAUAGGUGCUGGGUAUUCACCAGGUCCUGUGUCUACACACGGAGUGUACCCAGGUACGGCACAGAUAGGUGCUGGGUAUCCACCAGGUCCUGUGUCUACACACGGAGUGUACCCAGGUACGGCACAGAUAGGUGCUGGGUAUUCACCGGGUCCUGGAGGAGUCUUCCCAAGUACGGCACAAAGUCAGCCUAAAGCUGAUGACUUCGGGAUCAACAUGGUAAAAGUGAAUGCAAGGGCAUCAUGGUCAGAUAAGAAAUCCCCACCACAGACGUCGCGCCCAACACAGUCGGUGGCUGCCAUGCCACGCCCGGAAGCUCCUGUCGGACAGGUCCCCAUCUUACCCGCCCUUUCCCUAAAGGUGAACGAGGAUGUGCCUGCACAAACAAGGGAUGACCGGAUACAGAGAUUAAUCACACAGUCUCAUAAAUCCCCUACAGUGUCUCCAAAUGAUGUCAAUGACUCGCCCGUUUCAAUACCUGUUGUGAAAUCCCUGUCCAUGGCGUGUUUACCCGGGCCUGUUGGAUUCCCUCUGCGAGACUCGUCUCCAGUACAGGAUCUCACCAUCACUGAAGAUGCUGAAUUAGAAAGCAAUGCGAGAAAUGGAGAAAGCAAGAGUGACGAAGACUCACCACGAAAUCAGCUAUGGGAACAUGUUGCUGAUUUCACCCUUCUGGAAGAAGAGACCGAAGAGAAAACUAUUGAAGAGAAACGUAGUGACUAUGAACUUGAUACAUAUCCGAAAUUGGGGGUUGAAACGGGACUUACAGUCUUUGAUGACGGCGAAGAAUUUCCAUUAUCACCCUACAAAUCUGUCAGUGAAGCGGUCGCCAAAUAUGGAGACUUUGACGAAGCAGCAGGUGAUAGCUACCCCGAUUGGGAACGUUCUUAUGAAGAUACAUACAGCGAUGUUGAUGAUGAUGGAGUAAUAGCAGCAGUGGAGUUUGAGCCGUCAAUAGAUGAAAACUUGAUCCAGAGGGGCAACCAGCCUCCCGGAACGAUGACAGUUGCAACAUUUGACCACUGUCACGUGUCAGGAUACGAGGACGUCGGCAUCAUUGUCAUCACUUACUCCAUUCCAGGAGGAAAACAGACGGAUGACCACCCACACCCCGGGAGGUUCUACCGUGGUGUAAAUCGACGGGCCUUCCUUCCUGACAACGAAAUGGGGAGAAAGGUAUUGCGCAUGCUCGAGAUCGCAUUUGACAGGAAGCUGGUAUUCACAGUCGGAAGAUCCCUUACUACGGGUCAACCGGAUGUGGUCAAGUGGGGACACAUCAUGCAUAAGACGAGCCAGGACGGUGGACCCGAAUUAUACGGGUACCCUGACCCAGAAUAUCUCAUCCGUGUCGUCGAAGACCUGGCAAAUCUCGGCAUCGUCGACAGCAGCAACGACACAGUGGACGACAUGAACAAACUACUUGAUGAUGACCUCUCACAUCUCGGCAUCGUUGACAGCAGCAACGACACAGUGGACGACAUGAACAAACUACUUGAUGAUGACCUCUCACAUCUCGGCAUCGUUGACAGCAGCAACGACACAGUGGACGACAUGAACAAACUACUUGAUGAUGACCUCUCACAUCUCGGCAUCGUUGACAACAGCAACGACACAGUGAACGACAUGAACAAACUACAUGUAUUUGAUGAUGAUGAUGAUGAUGAGAUAGCAGAGUAGCUGUGACUUUCUGUAUGUAAUUGUUACACGAGAAACGUCACCAUGAAGAAUUUAGAACUUUGUGAACAGGACAAGAUGCAUUACCGUAUAUCCUUGAUUAAACACCCAGGCAUAUUUUUUUUUCAGACACUCUCUAUCCCGGGCAACAUUCAGUGCAUAGAAAGUGCCCGCGUGUAAUCGUGACAUUGCGAAGUUUACUGGAGACACCAGCGUUUGAUCGAAAACAUGGUAAACGGGUUGAGCUUCCUAGUCAAUGUUCAAGAUAUAGCCAUUCUCUUCCCACAGAGGUUACUUGUUAUAUCUUCCUACGAACCUCUGUUCUAAUACGGCCCUUUCCUUGUGCGGGUGUUCAGGAUUCGUGAUUGGUGGCAAUCAGAUUUAGUUGUGCAAUCAGUGACGUUGGCAAGGCCUCGGUAAUUUCCGUAUGCUUCGGGAAAACUAGAAACUCUUCCCCUGUGCGAUGCGUAGACGUUUCUUCUAGACAGAACUCAGUCAUGUAUUGGCGGAUCAAUGGCGUCUUCAUCGCCCUCGUUGACAACGGACAAUCUAUCCAUUAAAUGUCUUGUGUGUCACAUCAACACAAGUCCCCGUCAGAGGAGAGAUAUUUGUGGCCCCACAUUUGAUUGUAUUAGCAAAGUUGGAUCGAAGUCGACGUACCACCUGUUCUGAUUGGAUAGAAAGAAGGGAGAUAAUUCGUGUUGCGAUUUUUUGCCGCUAGGGUACGAGAACCGGGAAUUAUGGCUGUAUUAGAACAGAGGAAGAUAUGACAAGUAAGCUCUGUGGGAAGAAAAUGAGAUAUAGCGUGUAGCGAUA